AUGGGUAAACCUGGACACCAAAGAUCUAGUGCCCGCCCUCGUUUAGAGAAGCCUGUGACUUUACAACAAUGGCUGUCAGGUUCACACGACUCCCCACCCCAUGAUGCACUCAGCUUUAUUAGCUCAAGCGAUUCUGAUUUAAGAACUUCAAAGGAUGGUAACCCUCGGAAUGCUGUUGACAAAAUAUCAUCAACCUUCUUCGAUCAACAAUCAGAACACCUGCCUAAAUUGGAUCCAGAAAACAAGCGUUGGCCAGAAGAUAAAAUACUCGCUCCACAGCUAAACUCCUCACAUCUUGUUAAGCUCUGCCGCCAAAUUGAUCAACUAAAAGUGCAAAUGGAAGGAUGUACCGAGGUCAAUCAACUUGUAAAGGAGUUGAUGACGAAGGUACAAGAUCAUGAGUAUAUUUUGCAAACUUUGAGGAAGGAACUAAAGUCAUUUGAGACUGAGUCAAUUGGGAGUGCCCAAAGGUUGAGUAGUAUCAAAAAAGAACUACUACAUCUAGUUGACCUAAUUCAUCGAACCGAGGACACCAUUUUAUCAAAAAGAUCAACGCAGCUCAAAACUGCCAAGAGCGAUCGAAUCACUCAAGCUGGUGUACCACCUCGAAAGGACAUUACGAAUGUCACUACAAGGUUAUCGAGUUCAGUUGAAACAAGUGGUGCCACUUCUGUGGAUCUUAGUCUGUAUCGGCUUGCAGAUAUCGCGGACAUGCCAAAACUUUUUCCAAAUCUUUUAUCAUUGGCCAUAGACAAUAAUCAGUUGACAUCUUUAAACGAUGUGAAUGAAGGUAUCAUCUUGUUAUCCGCAGCAAACAACAAAAUACGAUCAGAGAGCUUCGCAAAGUUUACUCGAAUACUGCGAUUAAAUCUCUCUACUAAUGAAUUGUCAAUUGUGCCGUUGAAUUUGCUGGCGACAUUAACUUUUGCAAACUUUGCGUUCAACAAAAUUACCUCCCUUGACGGAUUACAGCAUUGUUGGCUGUUGCAUCAUCUUGACUGCUCUCAUAAUGAUUUGGGAGGCACCCUCGAUUUGAGUGAAUUCAUACUUCCACGACUUGAGGUUUUAAUAUUAGGGAAUAACAAAAUCACUCUGGUUUUGGGGUUGCGGCGUUUCCCCCGAGUUCGACAAUUGUGUUUGGAAGACAACAAGCUAGAAACUUUGGAAAUUGAUAUUCCAUUCCUAAAAAAGUUGAAUUUGAGCAGCAACCGCCUCGAGCGCAUUGUGAUAAACAAAUGUAAGAGGUUGGAGAAGGCCUUGAUGGACCACAACAGCUUGGCCUAUACAAAAUUUCCAUCUCAUGUUCGUUCACUUUCUUUGCAACAUCAAGUUCACGACCUGAUUGUUGAGACAACGCUACAUCAAACUCCCAUCUUGGAAAAACUAAUCUUGGCUGGAGUCGGGCAUACGAAUUACAGUCCAUUAAUCUACCUUAGGACGUUGACAAUCACGAAGUGUCAUUUCAAAGUACUUCCAUCGACUUUUUCCACCAAUUUCCCAAAUUUAGUCAAUCUCUUUCUAGACGAUAACAAAUUGGAGGGAAUUGAUAGUUUGAACGGAUUGAUUCGAAUGCGAGUGGUAUCAUUGGUGAAAAAUCGAUUGAAGUGGAGUAGCAUAGCAAGUGCACUUGCCACAUCAGCAGCUAAUCUUGUUGACCUUGACUUUAGAGAUAAUCCUGCAUGCUUUGAAGUUCUCCCAUCAAAUCCCAAUCUUUUUAGUCUGCAAGUGAGCAGGCAGGAGUCUAGUGAGCAAUAUGAUGGACAAUCGAUACUUCAGGCUAAGUUAGCUCCAAGCAUCAAGGCGCAGUUUCCUCGUUUGCGCCGUAUCAAUGGAGAGUUUCUAGUUAAUUAA